GCGCUUGAUCAUCGAUCCAUCUUGAUGAUCCGUCCCAUGUUGCGGCGACCGUUAAAUCGGGGCAGUGAGAAGAGAUGUGGCUGAACAUUUCAUCAGCCCCAUUGGCAUGCGAUAUGCAGUGGCUUUCUGAACCCCGCCGUCUCAGUCCCUGCAGGUCGGAAGUUCCUGCCUGCCGGCACACAUUGCGCCAGACAGAAGCCGCUGCCAAAAACGCUUGCCAGCUGCCCACGCGGUUGCUAUGGUGACUUUGC